UUUAAAUGUAGUUUUUGGAAAACAUACCAUUUCAAAUUCAGUGAUAGACUUGUUAUCGCCUACAAAAGAACAAAAGUUUCCAUCCACAUGUCUGUGUUUUACCUCAGUGAAGCUGAUUUCCUCAAAGCAGCUGUUUCAAUUAGCAUCUUAUUGCUACCAGAGUCUAGAUUUUUCACCAGUUUUUACCCCUUUGUCUUUUUCAGUGUGACUUUCAAUUUUAAGGGUCUAAUUUAAUUUUACACUGUAUUAUUGUACACUGUACUGUAGUCUCGUCUAUACAGCAUUUUGUGGGUGGGAAGUGUAUGGUUUAGUUAAUAGAUUUAAACAUGCUGAUAUCAUGUGGACUGAAGUUAAUGCCUGUUGGGGGAAAAUCCAUAUAGUAAGCUGCUUUGAUAUAAGAGGGUUUUAAUCACAUAUGAGCAAAUCUUAAAGAAACCCCCGACGAUGGUCAUGGACUGUUUUGCACUCAAAUACUUUGUUCUGCUGUUUUGCCAUCCAAAAUUAUAACAUAUUAUUAAAUGGCUUUGGUUUAUUGUCCUUUGCAUAAGCUGUUGCCAACGCUGAUUUAGAAGGGCUGAAACUGGAGGUGGAUAAGCCGUUUGAGCGUGUGGUUCUCUCCCAUGAAGCCACCAUCCGUUGCUGCUACCACUGGAAUAAGAAACCCCAUUUCAACUGGAUCGUGAAUAUUCAGAACACCAGUGGUACCACAAUGCCCAGUUUAGUAAAUCUGCUCCGUUUGCUGGUUUUCAAGAGGGUCUGCCUCAAUGAUAUUGGCUUGUACCAGUGUAAACUGAAUCAUAACACUCUUCAAAUCUUUACCCAUGGAACCUUCCUUCAAGUAUACAAACCUUUGCAGAAAACCUUAAACCUCAGCGAGAGUGUGAAGAACAGCAUUAUUACAGCAUUAGCGGUGUUGCUGCUGAUAAGUGUAUUGAUCCCUGGCACCAUGCUCCUCUGUAAGGUCAGACACACUGAUUGUGUAAUGCUGAUUUAAUGUUGAUUCAACAUAUUGGAUGUAUUCCAUACAGCAUAUAAAAAGAAAACUGCACCACACACAACAUUAAACAAACAAAUGAAUAAAGUGAAUCCAUGAUGAUGACAGAUGUUCAACUUUAUUUCUCCAGUCAAAGAGACUGAAUGAACUGGAGAGGAAGAAAGAAAGGGAGGAAGAGAAUAUCUAUUCCCACUACAUUUUCUUUUUCUUAUUAUCAUGCUGCGUAUUCACAAAAGUGACCUUCACAUAUACUUGAACAGGGUCUAAACCUGGAUAAAUGCAACUCAGCUUACCAUCAAACUAAACACUCCAAUCAGCAAGGCCAGGAUGUGGCAAGCUGUGGAGAAGACAUUCAGCUUGAGAAGCCAUAGCUGGAGCUGGAGAAACAUGGAAAGGGACAAUGUUAACAAGAUAGACAGACAAUGGAAAAGUGAACCCUGUGUAUUAUUUGAGAUACAUUGUUUAAGUGGUGAUUUUAGCACUUCACGAGCCUCCUGUCAGUAUCUUGAAUCUCUCUUAAUAGUUUACAGAUAAGCUUUUUGUGUGUGUGUGUGUGUGUUAAUCAAACACAUCCACUAAUGAUUUGGAUGAAUUGUAUUAAACAUUUAGCAUUGUGUGGAUAUUUUGAUGAAUGUCACAUUUUAAGUGUGUCCUGAGGAAUAAAUAAUAAAUAGACACACUC